CCUGAGCAGCAGGAGUGGAGCUCCAGUGUGGACCAGGAGGACCCAGAGCCCCCACACAUUAAAGAGGAAGAGGAGGAACUGUGGAGCAGUCAGGAGGGAGAGCAGCUUCAAGGGCUGGAGGAGGCUGAUAUCACCAAGUUCCCAUUCACUCCUGUCCCUGUGAAGAGUGAAGAUGAUGAAGAGAAACCUCAGUCUGAGGGACACCACUGUGGAGGACCGGGACCAGUGCCUGGAGGAGGAGUACAACCAGCACCUGGAGGAGGGGUACGACUAGUGCCCAGAGACUCUGAUCCAGAUUUAGAACCAGAUACUGAUGACAAGAAGCCUGACUGUUCUUUAGUUGCUGAGAUCGAAGUCAGUCUUGAUGACUGGGACGAGACCAGAGAACCUCAGUCAGGUUUAAAGACUCACAAUAAAAAUGAGGUCCCUGUCAGUCCUGUGAUGUGUCUCUCUGAUGAAAAUCCCUUUAGCUGCUCUGAGACUUCAGACUUUUCUGAACCUGAGAUUGACGAGGGUGAUGACUGGGCAGGGUCCAGAGAACCUCAGUCAUGUUUAAACUCUGUCCCCACCAGGGAUAAGAAAGGUAGCGCUGACGAGAAACCAUUCAGCUGCUCCAUCUGUAAGAUAAACUUUACCCGGAGAGGAAGUCUACAGACGCACAUGAGAAUCCACACUGGAGAGAAACCAUUCAUUUGCCCCUUUUGUAGUAAAAGUUUUACCCAAGCAGGAAGUCUGAAAAGACACAUGAGCAUCCACACGGGGGAGAAAAGAUUCAGCUGCAGUGUCUGCGACCGAAGAUUCAUCUGGCUCCAUCAGCUCAUGAACCAUCAGUGUGGCGGGCGUCAGGAGUCAGUCGAAAUUGGAGAGGCAGAGCCUCCAGGCAGCAGCUCGACUCAGCAGGUAAAACAAGAGUCUGAUGGAGAGAACUGUGGAGGUGUACCACCAGUGCCCGGAGGUGGCAUGUUAUCAGUGCCCAGGAGUGGUGGCCCACCAGUGCUCAUAAACUCCUCUGAACUAAAAACUGAAGACGGUGGUGAUUGUACAGAGACCAGAGAACCUCAGUCAUGUUUAAACUCUCUGAAAAAUGUUGGUGAGAAACGGUUUAGCUGCUCUGAGUGUGGGAAAAGGUUCAGCACCAAGGGUAGUCUGAAGGAACACAUGAGAAUCCACACGGGGGAAAAACCAUUCAGUUGCUCUGUCUGUAACAAAUCUUUCACGCAGAGCGGGAGUUUACAGAAACACAUGAGGAUCCACACUGGCGAGAAAAUAUUCACCUGCUCUGUAUGCGACAAAAAAUUUUUGAACAAGGCGCACCUGAAGACGCACAUGGUCACGCACACGGGAGAGAAACCGUUCAGCUGUGCACUGUGUGGUAAAGCUUUCAUUGAGAACGGAAACCUGAAGAAACACAUGAGGACUCACACAGGGGAGAAACCAUUCAGCUGCUCGAUGUGUGAGAAAUCUUUUACGCAGAACGGGAGUUUGCAGACUCACAUGAGGACUCACACCGGAGAAAAACCGUUCAGCUGUUCCGUUUGUGAUCAGAGAUUCUUGAGUAAGGCACACCUGAAGACGCACUUGAUAAAACACACUGGAGAGAAACCCUUCAGCUGCUCCGUGUGCGGGAAAGGUUUCAACGAAGGUGGUAAUCUUAGGAAACACAUGAAGACGCACUCAGGAGAGAAACCGUUCAGCUGCUCCAUCUGUGAUCAAAGAUUUUUACAGAAGACAGACCUGAAGCGUCACAUGAUCACACACACUGGAGAGAAGUUUUUCAGCUGCUCCAUUUGCGAUCAGAGUUUUUUACAGAAGCCGAAUUUGAAGAGACACAUGAUCACGCACACGGGAGAGAAACCCUUCGUUUGCACUGUGUGCGGCAAACGGUUCAUUCAGAAAGUUCACCUGACACACCACAUGGCCCGACACACUGGAGAGAAGAGAUUCCGGUGCGGCAUGUGUGAUCAGAAAUUUGCUUGGCUUUAUCAGCUGAGGAACCAUCAGUGUGUCAGUCAGCAGUCGUCACAGGUUCAGCGGACUGAGGAGGAGGGCGGAGGGGCGGAGCCUCCGGCCAGCAGCUCAGCUGAUGAGCAACAACAACUUCAAAUGGAUCUCACAUGAGAAUAGUAUGGAUUUUAGUAUCGACGCCAGAUAAGGACAAAUAUACAGAAGGAUUAUUUCUGGAUACAUGAAAAGCUUUUAAUGGGGAAAUUUUUCGAGCCAAAAAAAGUUCCAACAGCUUUCAGAGUUUAGCAUUUCAGUAUAGAGCUGCAGCAGUGUGAGAUUUUCAUGAACAGUAACUGUCUCAAAAAAAUAUCGCAGGUUCACAGCACUGUGGUAUAACAGUUAAAGUCCCACUGAUUGUCACACACCAGAAUGUGUGAAAUUUGUUCUCCGCAUUUGACCCAUCCCCUGAGGGAGCAGUGA